AUGGUUGCGAGUCACCCCGGCGCUACACUGGUGUUAGCCGGUGACCUGAACUGCUGCCUGCUGAAGCCUGCUGCUGACUCGCCCGGCCACCGGCUGACUCGCCUGCUGACCACGUACGGCCUGCGGAUCGCCAACACCGAGCACCCGACUUACCGACCAGCCAACUCACUACUUGACGUCAUCGCAACCAGCCGGCCCGACCUGGUGACACGUGCUGGGGUGACCCGCUGCCAGUACGGCACCCCGCACGACUUCACACGGCUGGUGCUGCGCUGCGGUGGAGCGGUGCGACCGUCCCGACCGACUGUCCAGCGGAGAUGCCUGCAGAAAGUCGACUCUGAGCAGUUUAAUCUGCAGCUCUCCGAAGCGGACUGGAGUCCUGUGCUCUUGCGCGAGCGACCUGCCGACAAGUGGGAGGAAUUUCGCGCGAUAUUCCUCUCGCAGCUCGACGGGGUGGCCCCGGUCACCCGAGUGCGGCUGUCGCCACCCGGCGCGCCGCCCCUGACGGCUGACACCCGCCAGCUGCUAGCCGAGCGGAGACAGGCGCUCCAGGCAGGCGGACAGCGCGACCGCUACAAGGAGCUGAACCGCCAGUGCCGCGGAGCGAUACGGCGAGACCAGACUGCCCACUAUCAGCGCGAACUGGACAAGGCGGGGCCGGGCAGCGUCUGGCGCGUGCUGCGGCCUAUCAUUGGCAGUAAGAAGGAAACUGCCGUGCCCAGUGCUACCCCUGAUGCACUCAACGACUAUUAUGUCAGCAUUGGCCCUACCACUGCCGCCAGCGUCCCGAGACCUGCUGCACCGGUGCCCGUCCGCCUGCCACGAGUGACGACAAGUGGGUUCCGGCCACAGCCCAUCGAUCUUGACACGCUGUGUCUGGUCCUGUGGUCCAUGAAGCCGUCUAGAGCAACCGGACUUGACGGGAUCAGUGUCGACAUGUUCAGGAGAUACUUCUGGGGUACUGGACAGAUUCUGCUCGACAUGAUCAACACGAGCCUGGUGACCUGUCAGGUGCCGGCGGCGUGGAAACACGCGCUUGUCACGCCAAUCCCGAAGGGGAAAGGACCUUCAGCUCCAGCCAACACCCGCCCAAUCUCGAUUCUGCCGGGAGUGAUGAAGAUUACUGAGAGAGUAGUGCAGCUCCAGCUCACUCAGUAUCUGGAGACCAACAAGCUGCUCUCCAGCGCCCAGCACGGAUACCGGAAGGGUCACAGCACGGAGACCGCUCUCAGCGUCAUCACCGAACACGUCCUCUGCGCUAUGGACUGUCGCGAGAUAUCUGUGCUCGUGCUACUUGACCUAUCGAAGUGCUUCGAUGUGGUACCGCACGCCAGACUACUCGAUAAGCUGGCGCUGUAUGGCGUAGACACAGAGUGGUUCGGAGACUAUUUGCGCGGCCACACUCAGCAAGUGCAAGUGAUCGGUGGUGACGGCACUCCCAUGUGUUCCGCUGCUAAGCCUAACUCCAUCGGGGUCUUCCAGGGCGGCUCGCUCAGCUGUGUCUUGUACACCAUCUUCACGAACGAGCUCAGUUUGUUUGUGCCCGACGGGUGGCACUAG